GGGACUUCCUCGUGGGCGUGGUGUGCUGGAGUCUCGCCGCAUUCCAUCCUCGCUCAGCAGUGUAAACACGAGCCGGAGAGAAAUGGAAAUAUACUCUGGCAGAGAGAGAUACUCUGUGUGUUGGAGAGAGAGAGAAGCUCAGUGACACAUCAGAUCCUUCAGAUUCUUGCGACACCGUCAGCAGCCAAAGCGGGGCCAUCGCUUUUGAGCAGGCGGGGCUGGACGCAGUGUCCGACUACUUUUACCCCUCUCUAAAAUUAAGUGGGUGAUGUAACCGUAGGGGGUGUUUUCUGACGCCAAAGCCCAGAAAUGGCUCCUGAGUGACAGUGGUGAGAGCGAAGAAGCCCCCACGGCUUCAUGACGGGGAAUAUUUUCGGCCGGUGUUGUCAUCUUUCAGUAACACGGCGUGUAUAAAGGGGAGGCCGAGGAAAAAUGCAGCUGUACAGCAGCGCCCUCACACACUAUCCUGCUUCCGCCCGAAAAGUUUCGAUAACCGUGACCACUAGCAGUGGCAACAAACCGUCGACAGAGGACUCGAACUGUGCUAACGCGGCUAACGCUGUUAACGCUGAGGAACCGGCUAGAAACAUGCCUGCCUUCGUCUGUUAUGAGCCUGCUGCCUCCAUCAGGCCGCAUUUUUACACGUCCACAGCCGAAAUCGUCAUCACACGGCCGGACGGUGUAGAGAAGUCCGUCCCCAUACACGUUCUGAAGCAGGGUCGUCUAGAGCCACUUGGAUCUCCUACAGAGAGUGAGUUGGACAAAAGAUCAGGGUUGAUCAAUGAUCUUUUUGACCGUACCAACUGCAGAUUGGACAUUUAUGAGGAAAACGAUGAUGACAUAAGUGAGAAUGGAUCAAUGUUUGAGAACUUGUCAAGAAGAAAUGGUUGUAGAGCAUUUGAGCAAGAGGAGAAACCAAUAUGUAUCAUGAAUGAUGCUACAACUCAGCAAGGUUCUUCUCAAAGAGUUGUGUCAAGGUGCAGUGGAGAAGGCCUGCCUGAAGCUGUCCUGCCAUUCAAAGGGCAAGUUCAGCAGGAACGACAGCUGGUGGAAGAAGAAGAGUGCGAAGUCGUAGAGGAGCCGGUUUUUGAACUGCAGAUACUCCAGGAGCCAACUAAAGAGAACAAUAGGAGCAGCCUCCAUGAGAAGGUGAGCCAGUACCUGGCGGAGGUAGAAAGGCAGAAUAAGUACCUCCAGGACAAGAAGAAAUACCGCUUCCACAUCAUCCCAGAUGGGAACUGCCUUUACCGGGCUGUGUCUAAGGCUGCGUAUGGAGACCAGUCCAUGCACAAGGACCUCAGAGAGCAAACGGUGCAUCACAUUGCUGACCACCUGGACGAAUUCAGCCCCAUCAUUGAAGGUGAUGUUGGUGAGUUUUUGAUCAAUGCAGCGCAGGAUGGCGCAUGGGCUGGGUAUCCAGAGCUCCUUGCCAUGAGUCAAAUGCUAAAUGUCAACAUCUACCUGACAACCGGAGGCAGUCUGGAAAGCCCUACCGUGUCAACUAUGAUGCACUACUUGGGAGAGGAGGACUUGACGAAACCAGCCAUUUGGCUGAGUUGGCUGAGCAAUGGCCAUUAUGAUGUGCUGCUGGACAGCUGCCUGCCCAACCCGGAAUAUGAUGACUGGUGCCGCUACACACAGGUUCAGCGCAAACGGGAUGAAGAACUGGCCAAAUCCAUGGCAGCGUCCCUGUCCAGAAUGUACAUUGAGCAGAAUGGCCUACAUUAAAACAAACUGACCAGAGACAUUGUUUUGAGAAUAGCCUCUACUGUGGAAUACUGUACUGCUCUUUUAUCCUCAUACUGUACUUUUUUUCUAAAUGGGUUGCACUUCUUUUUCCUUGUGUGUUUAAAAAGAUGCCUUAAUUUA